AUGGCGCGCUUCCGCGUCCCCUUCGCCUCCCUCCCCAUCCCGCAAGCCCUCCAGGUACUCCCUGCGCCGACAAUUCGCAUCAUAGCCCUCCUAGUGACGAUCAACAUUGUAAUAUGGAUCGUCGUCGGCAUCAUCCUUCACUUCCACCCUUCCCUCAUCUCCCCCGCGGCCCUCUCCUACGUCCUCGGCCUCCGCCACGCCCUCGACGCCGACCACAUCUCCGCCAUCGACCUCAUGACCCGCCGCCUCAUCGCCUCUGGCCAGCGCCCCGUGACCGUGGGCACCUUCUUCUCCCUGGGCCACAGCACAAUCGUCAUCGUGACCUGCGUCGUCGUCGCUGCCACGAGCGGCGCGCUGAGGGACCGCUUCGACGGCUUCACGCGCGUGGGGAACAUAAUCGGCACGAGCGUCAGCGCGGCGUUCCUGUUGCUCCUCUGUGCCGGCAAUGGUUGGGUCUUGUAUAAGCUUGUCAGGAGGCUGAGGGUCGUGCUGGAGGAGGAGAGGCGGCGGGGGUUGGGGGAUUAUGAACCCACCGAGGAGGACGAAGGCGAGGCGGCGACGAACCUCAAGCUGGAGGGCGAGGGGUUCCUGGCCAACGUCUUCAGAAAGGUGUUUCGUGUUGUCGACCGCCCUUGGAAGAUGUUUCCUUUGGGCAUUCUGUUUGGCUUGGGCUUUGAUACGAGUUCCGAGAUUGCCAUUCUUGGAUUGUCGAGUGUGCAUGGUGCGCAGGGGACGAGCAUCUGGCUCAUUCUCAUCUUUCCCGUUCUUUUCACAGCUGGCAUGUGUCUCCUCGACACUACAGACGGCGCCCUCAUGAUGGCCCUCUACACCUCAAAGGCCUUCUCGCGCGACCGCGUUGCGAUCCUCUACUACUCCAUCGUCCUUACCGGCAUCACGGUCUUUGUCUCGGCGUUCAUCGGAAUCAUCCAGGUCCUGUCUCUCAUCGCCAAUGUCGCCGAGCCCGAAGGAAGCUUCUGGGACGGCGUCGACGCGAUCGGAGAGCACUUUGACAUUAUUGGCGGCAGCAUUUGCGGGCUGUUUGUCGUUGUCGGGCUCGGCUCGGUGUUGGUAUACCGACCCUGGAGGAGGAGAAUCGACAAGAGGAAUCAGGAGAGGGCUGUUCUCGUUCCGGAAGAAGAGACGGGGUUGGGAGCGGGUGAAGGGCCGAGCUAUGGUGCUGUUGAGCCCGGAGAGCCUGUUGUGAAAAAGGGUGCUGUGACGACGGAGAGCGAAGUGCAGGCGUAG